UCCUCUUUUGCUCCUCCGCGAUUCUCGUUGUUCUUGUUGUAAUUUUUUUUUUUAAGAAAAUUCUCUAUUCUGCUUGAUUUCUUAAAAUCGACUUGGAAUUUUUUAAUUUUCAACAAUUAUUCCCUCCAAAAAAAUCUCAAUUAGGGUUUUCUUUUCUUUUCUUUGGGAUACAGAAACUACAAAAGAAAAUUCGACUGGUUCCUUACAGAGAAUAAUUGUUGACGAUUAAAAGCUUCCAUCUCGAUUUUGUGGACUUCGGAACUGAGUGACGAAAUCGACUUGCUUGCACGAAUUCAGGUCAAAAAUAAUGAGAUCAAGGAGGAGGGGAAAAAACAAAUUUAUUCCACCGAUGUCAGUUGCCAAGUUAUUAAGAUCAAGAUCGAACAAGGAAAAACAAGCAACACAUGGAACAAUAGAAGUGGAAACAAUUAAAGCAACCCUAUCAACUUUACAAGAAGACCGUCAACGACAAAGGGUGUUAAAGGAUAGGCAAAACAAUAGUCUCCAUGGAGAGCAUGAGGAGAGGCAACUUGUUGAGAACAAUGAUAAUGCUUUAGAAGAUCAAGAAGGCGGUAACAAUAUAGACGAGACAAGAAACUAUGAUUUAGAAGUUCAAGAAAAUAAUAUCAAUUCAAACAUGUUGAGAAACCAUGAUGAGGAGACACUUGCUGACAAGGAGGGGGAAGAGAAUAAUUCUGCUAUAUAUACAUGUAUUACAUCGAACAAGAAAAAGAAGAAAACAUACAAGACCGUCACUCAUAGAGGUCCUACAAGAAAUCUUCAAAUGGCAAAAAUGAGACCCGGUGAGAAGAAAAAAGUGGAUUUCAACAUAAAAGGCCAACCUAGUGGUGUGAAUAGAGCUUGUCUUGCAAGUUAUUGUGGCUCCCUUGUUAGAGAUCCUCUUAAUGCCCCACUUCAAAAGUUGAAAGUAUUUUCAGAAAUUCCAGAAGAGAAUAAGGAGAAGAUGUGGGAUCUUGUUCUGGAAAAAUUUGAUAUUGGACUUGAGGAUGAUCAAGAUGAAGGGGAACGUGAAAAAAGGAAAAAGUACAUCAUGGGGUCUUUGAAUAAAAAUACAGGAAUUAUCGUGCAAGACUAAAAGCUGAUUAUCAUGAUAUUGAGAGCACUGACGAGGAGAGGCUUAAAGAAGAAAACAAGCCACCAAAUGUUGAUAAAGAUGACUUGCAAUGGCUUGUUGAGUACUUUGGAUCAGACGAGUUUAAGGGUAAGAGUACAAGAUAUACCGAAAAUCGAUCUUACCAAGAUGCCGGAUACACUUUAGCUGUUGCUGUAAACUGUUGCUGCUGCUGCUGCUGUUGCUGUUGCUGUAAACUGCUGCUGCUGCUGUUGCUGUUGCUGCUGCUGUUGCUGUAAACUGCUGCUGCUGUUGCUGUAAACUGCUGCUGCUGUUGCUGUAAACUGCUGCUGUUGCUGUAAACUGCUGCUGUAACUGAUGUAUGCUGCUGCUGUAGCUGCUGUAAGCUGCUGUAACUGCUGUAUGGUGCUGCUGUAGCUGCUGUAUGCUGCUGUCUUGCUGCUGUUUUUCCGUUUUGUUAGACUUGGUUUGACUUUUCAGUGACUUUUUUUAUGCACCAACCUAGGGAAUAUUUAAAUCGUCAGGAGUGAUAGAAAUAUCCGAAUAUACCAAUCAGACAUCUUCUAAGACAUGUUAUUUUUGUGGUUUUUGUUUGUUUUGGGCUUGCUCGUUGUUGCAAGCUCUAAGAUGUUUUUUUGUUUGAGAUUGGACAACAAUUGGUUCUCUUAUUGUUAAUAAUAUUAUUGGAGUUGAUAAAUAUUCGAUUCUUAUGAAAUUUGGUGGUUACUUUUGCUA